AUGUCCAAGAAGUCACCGGGAGACUUCAUCAAGCAGGUGCUGGGGCGCCCUGUCAUCGUGAAGCUGAAUAAUGGUGCUGACUACCGGGGGAUCUUGACGUGCCUGGACGGCUACAUGAACCUCGCCAUGGAGAAGACGGAGGAGUAUGUGGACGGCGAGCUGAAGCAUAAGUAUGGAGACACUUUCAUUCGUGCCUUUGCAGUGCAGAGCAAGCGGUUUUCUGUUUUGGUGCGAUGUGAGUUCGGGAUUUCUUUUUCAAGACCCUUGACUUUUAAAAGGAACCAUUUCGGCAGCAGGGCUCAUUUCGGCAGCAGGGCUGACACUUAA